UAACGGAUGGGGCGCGGGCGGGGGCCGGGCACCGGGAGGAAUUCCGUCCCGCCCCGGGGCGAUCUCCCAGUGGAGGAGGGGGCUGCGGGGAUGCCCUCGCCCUCCCGCGCUCCGCUUGCCGAGCCCGCCACCGCCCGCCCGCGCCCUCCGGGCUGGCGGAGGUGAGGGAGGUGGGGUGAGGUGGCGCCCGCCCCCCGUCCGGCUCCUCCCUCCCCGCCCGUGCUCCCCGCCCCCUCCACCCCCCGCCGGUCGGUCCCUCCCCUCCCUCUCCCCGCCGCCUCCUCCCGCCGCCGUCGCUGCUUUGGCUGCUGCGUCAUACGCCCCAGAGUCGCCAGGACGGAGGGGCUGGGCCCGGGGACCCCCUGGCCUCCGCCCGCGAGCCCCUCGGCGCCCCGACGUGCCCUCCCCGCACGCGGGGCUCGCCCAGGUCCCAGGCGUCUGCCCCUGCCCGGCUGCCGGACGCCCCAGCUGUCACCGGAGAAUUGUCCUGAAGGAGACGUGCAGGCCCCGGGAGCCAGCCACUUCUAGUCUGGAAAACGUCUGCAGAAAAGCUCCCCCAACAUCUCUGGGCGGCAGAGCAGAGCACCCUAAUCCUGCUACCUCUGAGCAGCUGCCCCCCCAGGAUGCAAUGGCGCAGCCCCCCCGGCUGAGCCGCUCCGGAGCCCCCUCUCUUUGGGACCCCGCUUCUUCUGCUCCCACCUCGGGCCCCAGGCCUCGACUUUGGGAGGGGCAGGAUGUCCUGGCCAGAUGGACUGAUGGGCUGCUGUACUUGGGCACCGUCAAGAAGGUGGACAGCGCCCGGGAGGUGUGUCUGGUCCAGUUUGAGGACGAUUCCCAGUUUCUGGUUCUGUGGAAAGACAUCAGCCCUGCUGCCCUCCCUGGGGAGGAGCUCCUCUGCUGUGUCUGUCGCUCUGAGAAUGUGGUUCCUGGGAACCGGCUGGUCAGCUGUGAAAAGUGUCGCCAUGCUUAUCACCAGGACUGCCACGUUCCCAGGGCCCCGGCCCCUGGAGAAGGAGAGGGCGCAUCCUGGGUCUGCCGCCAGUGUGUCUUUGCCAUCGCCACCAAGAGGGGGGGUGCGCUGAAGAAGGGUCCCUAUGCCCGGGCCAUGCUGGGCAUGAAGCUGUCUCUGCCAUAUGGAUUGAAGGGGCUGGACUGGGACGCCGGGCACCUGAGCAACCGGCAGCAGAGCUACUGUUACUGUGGUGGCCCUGGGGAGUGGAACCUGAAGAUGCUGCAGUGCCGGAGCUGCCUGCAGUGGUUCCAUGAGGCCUGCACCCAGUGUCUGAGCAAGCCCCUCCUGUACGGGGACAGGUUCUAUGAGUUCGAAUGCUGUGUGUGCCUCGGGGGCCCCGAGAAGGUCCGGAGGCUGCAGCUUCGCUGGGUGGACGUGGCCCAUCUUGUCCUCUAUCAUCUCAGUGUCUGCUGUAAGAAGAAAUAUUUCGACUUUGACCGUGAGAUCCUGCCCUUCACCUCUGAGAACUGGGAUAGUCUGCUCCUGGGCGAGCUUUCAGACACCCCCAAGGGAGAACGUUCUUCCAAACUCCUCUCUGCUCUUAACAGCCACAAAGACCGUUUCAUUUCAGGGAGAGAGAUUAAGAAGAGGAAAUGCUUGUUUGGUCUCCACGCGAGGGCCCCUCCUCCUGUGGAGCACCCUCACGGAGAUGGAGCCCCCACCAGCUUCCCUUCAGGGCAGGGCCCUGGGGGAGGGGUCUCACGUCCCCUGGGGAAGCGACGGAGGCCGGAGCCAGAGCCCCUGAGGAGGAGGCAGAAGGAGAAGGUGGAAGAGCUGGGGCCGCCCUCGGCAGUGCACAACCAGCCCGAGUCCCGGCAGCAGAGGGAGCGGGCUCAGCUGCAGGGGGCGCUGCAGGCCUCAGUGUCUCCAUCACCCUCCAGCCCUGACCAGAGUUACCAGGGCGGCAGCGGCUACAACUUCCGGCCCACAGACGCCCGCUGUCUGCCCAGCCCCAUCCGGAUGUUCGCUUCCUUCCACCCCUCUGCCAGCACCGCAGGGACCUCUGGGGACAGUGAACCCCCAGACAGGUCACCCCUUGAACUCCACAUCGGCUUCCCCACAGACAUCCCUAAAAGCACCCCCUCCUCGAUGACUGCCUCUCCUUCCUCAGGCUCAGGCCCAGCCCCCUCCCCAGGCCUUCCCAGACGCUCCACACUCCCUUCUCCCUUGUGCCGUGGUUUGUCUCCAGGGACUGGGGGAGGAGUCCGAGGUGGGGUUGGCUACCUGUCCCGAGGGGACCCCGUCCGGGUCCUUGCUCGGCGAGUACGACCUGAUGGCUCUGUGCAGUACCUAGUAGAGUGGGGAGGAGGGGGCAUCUUCUGAGCAGCCUGCCCGGCAGCUCCCCACUCACACCUGCCGGCACUUUGGAGCCCUGACCUCAGAGCUCACCUGCAGCUGGGAUGUAGCUGGAGACAGGGAGUGUUCUCCUGACUGCCAGGCUGGGACCCAGAGGGUGACGGGGAAGAGGCUCUUCACCCCUUCACCAUUCCUGACCCCUCAUCCUUCGUCCCAUUUCCUUUGAUGUUAUUUUGUUACAGCUUUUUAAAUAUUUUUUAAAACUAUUUAACCCCUGGGUGCAGAGACUGAGGAGGGGGGAUGAUAAGGGAUCCCGGAUUCUGUAUGACUGAAAUAAAAACAACUAGAAAUAA